UCUAUGUAAAUUCAGUCAUUCGAUGAAUUGGCGACGGAGAAGGAACUCAAAUUAUUUGGAAAGACCACAGCAUAGAAAUUCUAACGUCUUAAGAUUAUCAUCAUCGGAUUGUCAAGCGUAAUUAAUAACUACAAUCCUAGCUUGGAUUAGAGAUUGCCAAACAUAUUUCUACACAACAACCUGAAUUGAUUACACUUUGCGAUUAACAAUCACAAAGACUGAAAUAAUGUGAAUAGCUUCUAAAAAUAAACAACGUAACAUAAAUAGAAACUUUGGAGAUGUCUUACAAGGACAAUGAAAUUCUGUAAAAAGUAGACAAACAUGAUUUAACAAUAAUUUGUGAUAUUUAAUCCCUGAAUUUUGCAAUAUCAGUUAGUGAGCACUUACGUUAAAAUUCAUCUAAAAAUUAAAAGUAUAAUAAGGGAGUGAUUUGGACAUGUACUUUUGGAUUUAUUUGUCUUAAGUUUUCAGAUUUUGGUUAAGGAUUUAAAGUGUUUGAUAGAGAUGGAGUCUAGCCAUUUCCAUAUCAUAUCACCAACAUCACUAAUUCAAAUCCAGGUAUAGUAAAAAUCCAUGAAUCCAUUCCUCACAAUUACAAGACUGGCGAUUUUGUAAGAAUCAGUAAUGUUGAAGGUAUGACCUAAGUAAAUGGGCCUGAAGCACGUCCAAUCAAAGUAAUGUCACCAACCGAAUUUUCUAUUGAAUACACUCAGCAUUACAAUAAGUAUUUGGCAGGCGGAUUAGUUUAAUUGACUAAAGUACCUUUCAAGUAUCACUUCCAAAAAUUGUCCGAAAGCAUAUACAAACCUAACACACUUAAAACUAAUGAGGAUAAGGUUGUGUACAGUACUGUCAUUGCCAAUUUGUAACUUUUAGAUUAGACUACUAAACCAUAGAAUGAAUAGGAGAUCAUCAAUAUCGCUUUGGCCAUCUAUAAAACCUUUGAUUUAGAUCAAUUUGAUGUGUAAUUGUGUUAAAAAACAAUCAAAUUCAUGUAGACAACAAAAUAUCCAGUCAUCAGUCUUUGGGCAGGCUAUUGCAGUUUGGAAGUAGUCAAAUUCACAGGGAAAUUCACUCCAUAAGAAUGCUCUUUCAUUUAAUUUGUUAGUGAUAUCGACAGUGAUGACUAGUAAAUUAAAGUCAAAUUGCAAUCACUGAAUGCCUUGGUUAUAGGAAGUGGAGGAACUGGAUGCGAGGUAGUUAGACUCUUUUCUUUGAUGGAGUGUUGCACUCAGCCAAAUUCAAAACUCACUAUAUUAGAUGAUGAUAUUGUUCGUAAAUACACUUUAGGAACUCAUUAUUGGUUUAAGUAAAUUAGUCAAUAAUAAUAAUAAUAGUUAAUAAACUCUUGGAAAGGCAAAGGCUGAUGUCGCUUAAGAAUAAGCAUAGUUCCUCUGUAAUACUAUGAACAUUGAAGUCGAUAGAAGCAAAUUCAGUGAGAAAUCCGAGAUCAUCGUUAAAUAGCAUGAUAUCAUCUUUUCUGCCAUCAAUAAUCAAACAUCAAGAUUGCUCAUCCAAUAGUAAGCUUAGAAACACAAUAAGAUUUUAUUUGAUCAAAUUCUAAAUGGAUUAAAGGCCUAUACUUAAUUUGGAAAACCAAAUUAAUAAUUACAAAUCUAAGAGACCCUUAAGAAUGUAUACAAUGUAGAUUAGGACACUUACAAGAAAUUCCCUUAUCUUCCAAUUCAUUGUGUCUUAUGGGCUAAGGAAGUCUUUGACAACAGCUUUGUAGGUUUUGUUACUGACUUCUAAAAGUUCCUAUAGGAUCGAAAUGGAUACCUUUAAAAUUUCGACGAACCUGAUGUGUAUUAUAUUGUAUUAGUAUUCAUAGGGUUGAUAACUAUCAUAUUAGAGCUCACGUAAUUAAUAGAAUAUCCAAACCAGGAUUCAAUUUGACUCUAGACAAAAUACUCAGCUUAUCAAAGGAAUUAUAUGAAUUCCACUUCGAGUUCAAGAUCAAUGAGUUAUUGAAGAAAUAUCCUACAGAUGCCUUGGAAUGUGUAUGGACUGGGUAUAAGAAGAUUCCUUAACCAAUCAAAUUCGAUUCCAAUAAUAUGGAUCAUGUUGCCUAUAUAUAAAUAACUACUCUUUUGAUAUCAAAAUUAUUCAACAUUAGUGCAAGUGCUGUAUUCAAAUAAGAAUAUGUUAUUGAUAAAUUAUAGCAAAUGACAGAGAAUUACUGGAAUCUAACUAAUCCAUUAGUUCCAACUCCAGUCGAGUAUUCAUCCUAAAAUAAACCAUAAUUCUUAAAUUUUGAUGAUGAUCAAGUUCGAGGGUUGUAUGUGAGAUGCAUUCAUUCAUUAACAAAUUUAAGAUGCAAAAAUUACAAUCUCCAACCAAUUCCCUUAUACAAAGUUCAAAAAUACGCUCUAGAAAUGCAUAGAAGCAAUCCAAUAAUGCAUUCAAUUAUAGUGGGUUGGAUGGGCAUUGAAUUAAACAAAUAUCUUUAUGUAAUUGAUAUAAUAUAAUGUUUAGGGUAAUUGCAAACAAAGAAAUAUGCACAUAGAUAUCAAUAAUAAUAUUUUAGAAUUCAUUUGAGAAUUACACAG